AAUGUAUAUUUUAUCCUAAACAGUAACAUCAAAACCUGCUAGGUGUCAAUUGAUGACUUUCGAAAUGAUUUCUUUUGCUCUUCCAUAUUUCCUUUUUGAACUUGCCCAGUCCAUUUAGGCGGGAAAUCCCGGAAAAGCUGAGUGGGGUGUCGUCUUUUGUCUGUGACAAAAAUGCCGAAAAGGAAAAGUUCCAGGUCUGUACAAGGCUCAAAGUCUAAGGAAGAAACAAAAGCAGAUGCCAUACUCAGCAAGAUUUCUGGGGACUUCCUUGAGUGUACAAUCUGCCUGGAGCCCUUUAAGGAUCCCAAGGUCCUGCCGUGUCUCCACACCUUCUGUGAGGGUUGUCUGAAGAAGUUCAUUGCACAAGAUAAAGUGAAGAACAAGUUUCAGUGUCCGACAUGUCGAACCGAUACUGUACUUCCUAAGGGUGGAGUUUCUAAGCUCAAAAACAACUUCUUUGUCCAGAGCUUGAGUGACACAAUUGAGACUCACAAGAGUUUGGUUAGCAAGGAGAAUGACAAAGUACAGUGUGAUGUCUGUGAAGAAGAUGGUGCUAGCCAAGGCUGUGUUGUCUGUGAGGAGUUCUUGUGUGAAGAGUGUGCCUGUGCCCACCACCGGGCCAAACGUACCCGCAGUCAUGAAGUUGUUGGUGUGGCGGAGCUGAAAGAGCGGCUGAUCACAAAGACGGGAUCACUGAAGUCAAACUCACUGCCAACUUGUCAAAAGCACAGGGAUGAAAAGUUGAAGUUCUACUGUGAGACGUGCAAGCACCCCAUCUGUCGAGAUUGCACGGUACUGCAGCACAAGGCCCACAAGUACGGCUACCUGGAGGAUGCUGUGAGUGAUGCCAGGGCAGAGAUUAAGAACAAGCUGAAAGCUGCCAAGAAGGAAAUCACAAAAUACAAAAACAAGGCAAGAGCUGUAACCAAGAAGCAAGAUGAACUGUACACAAGGAACAAAAAAGCUGCAGAUGGCAUCAAUGCAGCUGCAAAGGAAGAGAUCAAAUAUCUGACUGGCCUUGUUAAAGGUAAACAGACUGAACUGAAAGAAAAGCUAGCCUCCAUCACAGAAACCCGUUCCAAGCAGCUCUCUGCUACAGCAGACAGCAUUGAGAGCACCUUAGACAGUCUGUCCAGCACAGUGGACUUUUCUCAGAAGGUUGUGGAACAUGGCAGUGACUUUGAUGUCAUGAAUGUGUACUCUGACGUCACAACAAGGCUGGAAUCGCUGCUUGAAGGUCCAACCCCAGACAUUCCUGAUGACAUCAGUUACAUCAUGUUUGAGCCAACGAAUAGUACAAUACAGAAGAAGGAAAAGCUAGUUGCCCUCGGGAAUAUUGUUGAAGAAGAAGUUGAAGAUGAUGAGAUGGAAGAUGAUGAGAUGGAAGAUGAUGAAGAGGCGCAAACUGAGGCGACCAUUCGUUUUACGGUGAACAAUUUCAGUAAGCUGAAUGAGCAGAAGUCCAGUCCUGCUGUGUUCAUCCGCAAUCUACCUUGGAAAAUACUAACCAGGCCUGAUCAUAAAGACAAUAAGAAGAGCCUUGCCAUUUUCCUCCAAUGUGAUGCUGACUCCAAAAGCUUGUGGUCCUGUCGAGCAUCCGUUGAGCUGCGGUUGAUUCCUCAGAAGAUUGGCAUUCCAACUUAUAAACGGAAUUAUCAACGAACCUUCUACAGGAAGGGGGACAACAGGGGGUAUGCUGAGUUCAUUCCUUGGGAUGAUGUGUGUGAUCCGCAGAAGGGAUACAUCAAGGAUGACAAGAUCCUACUGGAGCCUAGCCUUUUACCUGGGAAGAGCUGGGGAUUCCCAGAAUUCAUUCCUUGGGAUGAGGUGUGCGAUCCACAGAAGGGAUACAUCAAGGAUGACAAGAUCAUACUGGAGGCUCACGUGGAGGCAGAAGCUCCUCGUGGCAUGAAGGAAGUGAUCCUGGGUAACAUUUUCAGCAAAGAAAACCUGGAGGAUGAGAUGGAGGAAGAGGAGGAGUUGCAGACUGAGGCAACCUUUCGGCUCACCGUGGAUGACAUCAGCAAGCUCAGUGAGAACAAGCUAAGUACUGCAGCAGUGUUCAUUCACAACAUGCCCUGGAAAAUACUGGUCAAGCCUGAACAUGACCCCAAUGCCCAACAGGAAAACAACAAUAGCCUUGGUGUGUACCUACGUUGCGAUGCCGAAUCCAAUAGCUUUUGGUCAUGCCGUGCCUUGGUAAAGUUGCGGUUGAUCCCACAGUAUAAUGGUGUACAGACAGUUGAAAAGACCUUUAACAACAUCUUCUACGGCAAAGACAACUGCAGCUCAUGGGGGUACCCAAAAUUCAUGCCCUGGCACGAGGUGUGUGACCCACAAAAAGGAUACAUCAAGGAUGACAAGAUCAUAGUGGAGGCUUAUGUGAAGGCAGGUGCUCCUUGCAUCAUGGUCUAA